GCGCGGCGGCCGAGGCCCGGAAGCGGACCGAGGCCGCCCAGGUUCCCGCGGUCUGGCUGCCAUGGACGAGGCGGACCGGCAGAUCCUGCGGCGGUGCCGGGUGCAGCUGGUCAACGAGCUGCAGGUGGCCCCGCUCUGGGACGUUCUGCUGACCCGCCAGCUCUUCACGCCCGCCAUGAUCGAGGAUAUUCAGCAUGCAGGCUCAGGGUCUCGGAGCGAUCAGGCCAGGCAGCUCGUCAUAGAUCUAGAGACCCGAGGGAGUCAGGCCCUUCCUUUGUUCAUCUCCUGCUUAGAGGACACAGACCAGAACCAACUGGCUUCAGUCCUGAGAGCGCGUCGGCAAGCGGAAAAGCAGAAUCCAGAGGCUGUCAGACCCCGGAACCCCAUGCCUGUGGUGGUUGGAGCAAUGGGCCUCACACCAGAGGAUCUCAGAGGGAAGCAAGGUCCGUCAAAGCUGACUCCUGGAAAACUUGCUCCAGUGGUGCUGGGGCCUCAGCAGCUCUGGCCAGCCAAGCUCAGGCCAGAAGUUCUCAGACCAGAGAUGCCCAGGCCAGUGGACAGUGGUUCUGGACGAUUCAGUGAUGCCUGUGCUCAGGAGAUUUCCAAGCAAAAUGCUGAUUUGGCCUACGCCCUGAACGCAGACCCCUGCGGCCACUGCCUGAUCAUCAACAACGUGAACUUCUGCCUCGAGUCGAGGCUUACGGCCCGCACCGGCUCCAACAUCGACUGUGAGAAGCUGUGUCAACGCUUCCACUUGCUGCAUUUCAUGGUGGAGGUGAAGUGCGACCUGACGGCCAAGAGCAGAAAGACCAUGGGUUUGAGGUGGCCUCUGCUUCCCCCGAAGACAGGACCCCAGGCAGUGACCCCGAGUCAGACGCUGUCCCAUUCCAGGAAGGCCCGGGCCCCUUUGACCAGCCGGAUGCCGUAUCUAGUUUACCCACACCCAGUGACAUCUUUGUGUCCUACUCCACCUUCCCAGGCUUUGUUUCCUGGAGGGAUACCAAGAGUGGCUCCUGGUACGUGGAGACCUUGGAUGGUGUUUUUGAGCAGUGGGCUCACUCUGAAGAUUUGCAGACCCUCCUGCUCAGGGUCGCUAAUGCUGUUUCGCAGAAAGGGUUUUACAAACAGAUUCCCGGUUGUUUCAAUUUCCUCCGGAAAAAACUCUUUUUUAAAGUGUGAUGAGGGCCAGGGCCCCUCCCCUACUCACCUUGCUUUACUGUUCUCCCCAAAACCUUCCUGCCCACAGAGGAAGUGGCCUGGGCCCACGGCAGCCGAGGCCCCAUCUAUCCUACAGCCACGGUUGUCAUUCUUUAAAGGGGUUUGUGGCCUGUUGUGGGUCUACUCUUUCCUCACUGGUGGCCAACAGGCUCUUAGCAGCUUCCACAUUGGAGACAAAUGACGGGAUACAGAGGAAGAGGAGCGGAAGAUGGCCAAGGACACCACAGGGCUCUUCUCAGCUGCCCUUUCUCCAACCAGUGGCUGGGGCCUGUCACUCCGCUGUCGUCACUAGAGGACGGCAUCUCAGCCUCAGUACUAUUGACAUUUGGGGCCAGAUAAUCCUCUGUUGGGGGGCCAUCCUGGGUGCUGGAGGGAGUUUAGUGGUGUCCCUGGUAUCUGCCCGCAGACGCCUGUACGCCUCUUC